AUGGCAGAACAAGACACAAUCAGCAAGGCCAAGACUGGCAAUGGUAGAUUUGCUGAGCAACUUGAGGUUAGGAAGCUUCUGAAGAAGUUGAAUGAACCAGCUAUUAAGUCUAUUAAGAGUCAUGAUGGUGACAUAAUUGACUGCGUGCAUAUUCUGAAUCAGCCAGCUUUCGAUCAUCCAAAACUGAAGAAUCACAAAAUUCAGGUGAGGCCAACAUUUCUUCCAAAAGGAAGAAGGUUAACUGAAUCAAAGCCAAUUGCUCAAAUGUGGCACCACAGUGGAAGUUGUCCUGAAAGAACCGUUCCUAUAAGAAGAACAACAAAAGAGGACAUAUUGAGGCCAUCAGGAUCUUUCCAACAACAUGGAAAGAAGGAUAACAAGAGCAUCCCAAAUCUAGAGACGCCGAGAAGAAUAGUGAGGAAGGGAGUGAGGCGCGACUGGAACUUCUUCUCUGAAGGUGGCCGACGGGUUCUGCAGGAGGAGAAGUUCGACACUGUUCACAGCAAGGAGACUGGACCUCAUCUUCUUCUCUUGUUCUUUGGACUCGACUGGUUCAAUGAUACUGAUAAUGCCGAAAGCAUCGAAGCAGGUUGGCAGAUCCAUCCAAUGCUAUAUGGGGAUGAUAAACCAAGACUUUUUGCAUAUUGGACAAGUGAUUCCUAUGAACAUACUGGCUGUUAUAACCUAAAAUGUCCUGGCUUUGUUCAAGUUUCCAAUACGGUAUUGAUGGGAGCCACCCUCCAACCAUUAUCUGACGAUGGUGGUUCUCAAUAUGGAAUCUCCAUCCUUAUCUGGAAGGAUCCACGAAGUGGGAACUGGUGGAUGAGAUUUGGGGAUACAGAUGUGGGAUACUGGCCAGCUUCUAUGUUUGAUCGCCUGUCUGAGAGUGUAUCAAUAAUACAGUGGGGAGGUGAAGUGAUGAACAAGAAAUCUGAAGGGAAACACACAACAACAGAAAUGGGAAGUGGAUAUUUCGCUCGAGCAGGUUUUGGGAGGGCUAGCUUUUUCAAGGACAUUUCCAUUGUUAAUGAAGAAAAUUAUUUUGUGACUCCCAAGUACUUCAGCACUUUUGCUGGCAAACCCAUGUGCUACGACAUUGUCCUAAGUGAUUAUUCUGAUGAUUGGGGUGCCAACUUCUACUAUGGUGGUCCCGGAAGAAACCCAUUUUGUCAAACUUAA